AUGGGUGCUCUUCGACGUCAACAAUGGCUCAAUGCCGCAUUUGUGCUCGCCGUGCUGCUCCUCGCCCAGGCGGAGGCGCGCGGGGUGACGAGCGCGUACCGGCGGAGGCUGGAGGCGGCCGAGGACAUGCCGCUGGACGCCGACGUCUUCGCCGUGCCGCCCGGGCACAACGCGCCCCAGCAGGUGCACGUCACGCUGGGCGACCAGGCCGGCACGGCCAUGACUGUGUCGUGGGUGACGGUCGACGAGGUCGGCAACAGCACCGUCAUGUACGGCCGCGCCAUGGGCAGGCUCGACAUGGCGGCCGAGGGCACGCACACGCGCUACAAGUACCACAACUACACCUCCGGGUUCAUCCACCACUGCACGCUCACCAACCUUGAGCAUGGCACCAAGUAUUACUACGCCAUGGGCUUCGGCCACACGGUGCGGACCUUCUGGUUCACUACCCCUCCCAAGCCCGGCCCGGACGUACCCUUCCGGCUGGGCCUCAUCGGCGACCUGGGCCAGACGUCCGACUCCAACAGCACACUGACCCACUACGAGGCCACCGGUGGUGACGCCGUGCUCUUCAUGGGCGAUCUCUCCUACGCCGACAAGCACCCCCUCCACGACAACAAUCGUUGGGACACGUGGGGCCGCUUCUCCGAGCGCAGCGUCGCCUACCAGCCAUGGAUCUGGGUCACCGGCAACCACGAGGUCGACUACGCACCGGAGCUUGGAGAGACGGCGCCGUUCAAACCCUUCAGCCAUCGGUACCCGACGCCGCACCGGUUGAGCGGCUCGCCGGAGCCCUACUGGUACUCGGUGAAGCUCGCGUCCGCGCACAUCAUCGUACUGUCCUCCUACUCCGCGUUCGGCAAGUACACGCCGCAGUACAAGUGGCUGGAGGCGGAGCUGAAGCGCGUGAACCGGAGCGAGACGCCGUGGCUGAUCGUGGCGUCGCACUCGCCGUGGUACAACAGCUACAACUUCCACUACAUGGAGGGCGAGCCGAUGCGCGUGCAGUUCGAGCAGUGGAUCGUAGAAGCUAGGGUUGACUUCGUCUUCGCCGGGCACGUGCAUGCAUAUGAGCGUAGCCACCGGGUGUCCAACAUCAAGUACAACAUCACAGACGGGAGGUGCAAGCCGGUGCGGGACCGCCGUGCGCCCGUGUACAUGACCAUCGGCGACGGUGGCAACAUCGAGGGGCUUGCCGACAGCAUGACGGAGCCGCAACCGAGCUACUCGGCGUUCCGGGAGGCUAGCUUUGGGCAUGCCUUGCUGGACAUCAAGAACCGCACGCAUGCUUACUACGCCUGGUACCGCAACGCCGACGGCGUCAAGGUCCCCGCCGACACCAUGUGGUUCACCAACCGCUACUACAUGCCCAACCACGACGACUCUCGUUGA